CGAAUAUCAGCAAACAUCUUGUAUCUCAUUCGUCAUUCGAGUGUGGUACCUGACAAAGCAACCACUCAUUGACUCAAUUUUUUUAUCAAUAAAAAAAAAAGAUAAAUUACCUUUAACAAUAAACGUGUACAGUGUAUUAUUUAUUAUAUUAAAAAAAUUAUUAAAUUUUAAUUGAGUGGAAAUUUUUUAAUCUGAAUUUAAUUUAAUAUUCCAUGAGUCCUUCAAUUCAUAAACAAGUUUCAAGUAGAUGCUGUUUUGAUAAUACGCCUGAUUGGCUUAAUCAGCAGGAUUUGAUUGAUAUUUGUUCGACAUUUGAUGAGGUUGAAAAAAACCAAGAUGAUGGUCCAGCUGAUUUUGAAAGAGCUAUAAAUGCUGCUGGUUAUGGAAAAUUUAAUUAUUUACUUUUAUUAGCAAUUGUACCUGCUGGAUGGGCAAGUAUUUAUGGAUCAACAUCAAUGUCAUAUGUGUUACCAUCAGCUCAAUGUGAUUUAAGUUUGACAUUAUUUGACAAAGGUCUACUAAAUUCCAUGAUAUUUGCAGGUAUGAUUGUAACUGCAUUUUUAUGGGGAUUUUUAACAGACACAUAUGGACGUAAAAAUAUAUUAAUAACUGGAUAUUUUUGUUGUUUUUUAUUGAGUCUUGCUAGUUCACUCUCACAUGCCUCAUGGCUAUUAAUAUUAUUCAAGUUUCUCAAUGGCAUUGUGAUAUCCGGGCCUUAUGCGGCAUUGAUGUCAUAUCUUGCUGAGGUACAUGGUGAAAAGCAAAGAUCUAAAAUUUACAUGUGGCUAGGGGUUGUUUUUUCACUUGGAAGUAUAUCUAUACCAUGUUUAGCAUGGUUAAUUAUUCCACAAAAAUGGGAAUACCCAAUAUUAAAUGGUGCAAUAAAUUUCAAGUCAUGGCGUUUAUUUUUAGCACUAUGUUCAAUACCAGAAUUAUCAGCAUUUAUUGCAAUUAGUUUUUUUCCUGAAAGUCCAAGAUAUUUAUUAACAAAAGGACGUAAUGAAGAGGCAUUAAAUAUAUUUCGUCGUAUCUAUUCAAUAAAUACUGGCAAUGAUCCAUCACAUUAUCCGAUCACAAAAUUAUCUGAUGAAGAUUUUAUCAAAAACCAAGGAAAUCAGAGUCUCUAUGAAAAUCUUCAUGAUGGCUGGAAGCAAAUGAAACAAUUAUUUUUAAAGCCAUAUGUAUACAGAUUAAUACUCAUUGGUUGUAUACAAUUUGGAGGAACAAUUGGAUCAAACACAUUAAAAUUAUGGAUGCCACAAUUAUUUGCAAUGAUUGAGACUUAUGAAGCUAGUCAUCCAGAUAAAACAUCAGAAUCAUAUCCGUCAAUUUGUGUUAUGCUUGAAACAACAAACACAACAUUUCAAUAUAUUAAUAAUACACUUAAUGCAACACUUCAAAAAGAAGAAUUUUGUGCACCAGUUGUACUUAAUGCUACUGUUUAUUUAAAUUCAAUUGUCAUUGCAUUGACUGGAGUCAUUGGAUACACAUUAGCUGGUUCAUUAAUUAAUUGUGUUGGAACAAAAAGACUAAUGAUGUUUUGCUUUUUGGCUGCUGGUUUUUGUUGUGGAGGUUUAUUUUGGGCUGAGGAUUCAAAUGGAAUUUUAGGAAUAUCAUCAGUAUUUGUUGCUCUUUCAAGUAUCGGUGGAGCUGCUGUUAUGAAUAUUAUUGUUGAUAAUUUUCCUACUGCAUUGAGAGCCAUGGCCAUUUCAUCAACAAUGAUGAUGGGAAGAUUUGGUGCUGUUACUGGAAAUUUAGCAUUUCCAAUUCUAUUUAAAUUAAGUUGUUUUGGACCAUUUGAAAUGAUUGGAAUAGCAUGCAUAGUAUGUUCAAUUUUGGUAUUAUUUAUACCAAAUAAAAAAUCAAAACUCAAAGAAUCCAUAAAUAAAUCAUCAGGAAAAGUGUAAUAAAUUUCAAUUAAUAUUUUUGAAAAUAAUAUAGAAAAAAAAAACGUUAAUUAAUAGUAUUAAGAAUAUUAAUAUUGUAAAUAAAUAAAUUUUUGUUUUUUUUUUUUUUACUUUUAUUGUUAUAUAAAAAAUAAAAAAAAUCACAAUAAA